CAGCCUCAGCUGCUGGGGGGCAACCAGCCCGUGGUGGGGGGUUGGGACUGGAUGGGCCUUGGGGUCAUUUCCCACCUGAACUGUUCUGUGUGUAUGGUUGUACCAAUUGAACCAUCUCUGAGUACUUAAAUUUGACCCGUGCCAGUACAACCAUCUGUUCAGAACCACACCUGAAGUUUUCCAGAAAGCCAUGGAUUAGUAUUGUGUGAAGAGUGCCCAAUUCUCAAAUUUGGUGUUAGAAAAUUAGGUUACAGGGCCUCCUGAUCUAAUGCUUAUUUCUUUUCGUUAUUUAUUUUUUCUGGAAAUUUCAAAUAUGAAGACAACCACCAAGGCGUAAUAACAAAAAAGAAAUCUGUAUAUAUAUGUGUGUAUAUAUAUAUAAGUUAUUUAAUAGGACUCUGUGAGAUUUUUUGGUGUUGGUUAUGACUUUUUCACAGGAUCACAGAAUGGCCCAGGUUGGAAGGGACCUCAAGGAUCAUGAAGCUCCAACGCCCCUGCCACAUGCAGGGCCACCAACCUCCCCAUUUAAUACUAGACCAGGCUGCCCAGGGCCCCAUCCAACCUGGCCUUGAACACCUCCAGGGAUGGAGCAUCCACAACCUCUCUGGGCAGCCUGUGUUGCUUGUGUGUUGGUUUUUGUUGUUUUUGUUUUUAAACGUACCAUUCUAGCAUGUGUUCACACAGCGAGAUGCGAGGAAGGGUAACACAGCGGCAGAGUGUAGAUGCCUCUGCUGUAUUUUGAGGUUAUGAAUCUUAUGUAUGUUUAUGGAUUGUUCAAUUUAGUUUCAUAAUACUGUUUCAUUUCAGCAACAACAAAUAGUUCCAGUUUCCAGACCAGAGAAGGGCAGGAAGCUUCGUACAUCUUAAAUAGAAAUAUGCAGCUUGCAAAACUUGGAAAACUUUGAACCCUGAGGAAUAGGAAAAUACUACAAAGUGAAGACAAAACACAUCUAUCGAGAGCUGAUCUCUGCUUUCAUUGUUUUUUAAACUUUGUGUUAAUAACUGCUUAGUGUCAAAUAGCCUCUGUAAUCUGCUGUGCUAAAAUUAUUAGCUUAAAGCUGGAAAAAAUGAAACAAUUGAAAAGAAAAAGGAAAAGUAAUUUUAGUGUUCAGGAAACGCAAACUCUCCUUAAGGAAAUCAGAAAAAGGAGAGAAGUACUCUUUUCAAAACAACUUAAUACAACAAUUAAUGAGAUGAAGCGGAAAGCGUGGGAGGAAAUAGCAGAGUGUGUGAAUGCUGUAGGUGAAGGUGAGCAAAGAACAGGUACAGAAGUGAAAAGGAGAUACCUUGACUGGAGAGCGCUCAUGAAGAGGAAGCGUCUGAAUGCAAACAUCAAGGCAGUUGGUGCAGGGUUUCACCUUCCUUCAUCCGACUUAGAUGACUCUCUCAAUGAAGAUAUGGAUGACAAAAUGGGGUUUGCAAAUGAAUCUAGUUUUGAAUGGCAGAACAUUACUGACUUCAGAGAAGCAGGUGGGUCUUUAACAGAAAUCAAAGUAGAAGAAGAAGAGGAGGAUCCACAGAAUUUUGAAUUUCCUAUUGAGGAAGAAGAGAUUUUUUCAUCAGUGUUGCCAGAUUCAAAAAAAGAAAAUGACUUACCAGAUUUCACCCACAUUGAGGAGUUUGGGAAUCUCAGUUCUGCUCAAGCUAGAUUAGCCUAUGAAGAUUCACACUUGCUUAUAAAUCUAGAGAAGCAGAAGGUGGAGCUGGAGAAGCAGCGAUUAGAUAUUGAAGCUGAACGGUUGCAAGUGGAGAAGGAGCGCCUCCAAAUUGAAAAAGAACGGCUGCGGCACAUUGACUUGGAGCAUGAGAGACUUCAGCUGGAGAAGGAGCGACUUCAAAUCGAGCGUGAGAAACUGAGGCUAGAGACUCUGCGUGCUGAGAAACCUGCCCUGGAAAAUGACCUCACCCCAUCGGAAAAACCCAUCAUACAGCCUCUGGAUCUAGAAACUGAGAAGUUAAAACUUGAAAAAGAACGCUUGCAGUUAGAGAAAGAAAGGUUGCAGUUCUUAAAAUUUGAGUCAGAAAAGCUGCAGAUUGAGAAGGAGCGCUUGCAAGUGGAGAAAGAACGCCUCAGAAUUCAGAGAGAGGGUCUCUUGCAGUGAACUUCUCAACUGGAGUGUUAAUGCUAGUGUUCUGUGUUGUGUAGAAUAUAGGUAGUUCUUUUUCUGAUACUGAAACUGUUGUAAAGGUCUAAUGUUCUUCUGUUCAGAGUUGAAUGUUGAUGUUGAACUGUGAUAAUAGAGAAAAAAAAAUGGUGCUCAGUAAGUCAGUGUGCCUGUGUAAAUAUGCUUAUAUAAUAAAUUGCUUUUCAGUGUAUCAGAACUAAGUGUUGUUAUGUUCUCCUGUCUUCAGUACUAUGUUGUAUUUGUUAUAAGUGUCCUUCUCCCAAGACACAUUACUAAGAAUCAAAACCAAGUGCUGUAU